CACAGGUCGCCUUGAACGGUGCCUCAGUAGUUUGGAAAGCCUGGGACGGUGUGUUAAAAAGCGCUCUCUUGCUUAUGGCUCAGCCUCGAUCUUUACUCAACUGACUCUCGUACCUCUCCAGGUUUCCAACAACUCUCCAUCGGCUCUGCGUGUCUUUUGCUGCAAGAUACCCUCAUUGCGUCCUUCGUUCCGACCACAAGCCAACAUUCUUUUCGCCGACAAUAUUUGGUUUCAGCCGAAACACACAUAAAGCGCAAGAACGUUGACACAUACCCAUUUUACAUAACAUCGGCGGCAUUGAAAGUGUAAACAUAACAUGCGCUCAUCACUCUGAACAGAACACAACAGUCCAAGAACCAACUACAGCAAGUAAAAGAAAAAGGAAACCAGAAAAGACUCGCCACGAUGCGACCACACCUCCCACUCUUCCUCAGCGCGCUUACGGUUCAUGUCUUCCCCGCUCUCUCUCAGGCGCCGACAUCGACCGUCGAGGUUGUUGCGACGACGAUAACAAAUUACUAUACCUUGGCCGCACCGACGCGGCCUCUUUCGGCGCAGUACACGAGCAGUCUCGACUUUCGCACUUCAAUUCUCAACUCGACAAACUUCUACCGCUACGAACACUCAGCAUCAUACAUAUAUUGGAACGAGACCCUGGCGGAGUAUGCGCAAGAUUAUUCCAAGAAGUGCAUCUGGGAACAUUCGCAUGGCGCGUACGGCGAGAACCUCGCCCGUGGAUAUACCAACGUCACCCAGGCCGUACAGGCAUGGGGUGACGAGCGUGCCGACUACGAUUUCAGCAGUACCGACCCUACCGGCUUCACCGAGGAGACUGGGCAUUUCACCCAGCUUGUGUGGAAGAGCACACAGUCGACCGGGUGCGGGUGGACGAAUUGCAACGGCACCAACGGUCUAGACGGCGUCUUCCUGGUCUGCGAGUAUUGGCCGGCCGGUAACAUUGUGGGAGACAACAAUUUGUACUUCAAGCAGAACGUCGCCGCCGAGAGAAGUGGAGGAGACGACGGGUACAAUGAAGAAGCGGCCACGCAAGGGGCGACGGGCGGCACACCAAGUUCGACGGGCGCAAGUCCGACCUCGAGUGCGACGAGUGCCGGUGGACCUUCGAAUGUCGAGGUCGGGGUAAGUAGAAUGUUUGUCACGGUAUGCGUGACGAUUGCCGCUGUUUUGUUUGGUUGGGCCAUGUCAUGAGCGUUGCGUGAACACUGGUUGAUGAAUCUAUGAUCGAUGGAGUAUGAGCAACCUACUUUUGCAUAAUACUUACUAAAUAUACGCGUCGUUGUUUGGUUUGACAUUUUCUUUUGAGCGUUGCAUAUGCCUGUCGUAUGGAGUAUAUGUUGCGAUUUACGGACGGGAUGAUGAGUGGAGAACAAGAACAAAUACCCUGCGAGCAACCUACCUAUAUAGAAGUUGGAAAGGGAAGCCAUCACGGAAUGUACAGGACGAUGGUUACCCAAAGAGACAAGCGAUUGUACAUACAGAAAGAUACAAAGAGGAGGAGUGAAGAGUAUGGACUCUUCAGACCGAUUUAGCAUUUACAGCGUCUAUAAUACAAC